AUGUCUGCGAAGUACGGCGGCGAAAUCAUGGAGGGGAUGUCGCGAUUCUUAAGCAGGCGCGGCAAGCGCUCUGCCGGUGAGAAGCGCAAGAGCCUGAACAACAUCGAGGAGCCACCGCCACCAAUUCCAUCAGACCUGUACAACAUUUUCCACACCGACGAUAACAAGAAGCAGAGGACCGAAGAGGAAGAGAAGAAGGUCAAGGCGAUUGCGCAGCGUCUCACUGCCUACGGAAUCAACACCCUCAAAGAACCCCAAAUCACGUAUGCGCUACGGUCCCGGAUUACGAAUGGCGACGUCAAGGAAGCCACAGAGCUGCUUGUUCUCUUCGAAGACUCAGUCGACGGGAUUCUGCGAGAAUACAACCCCAAGACGAAAUUGCUUGGCGCCGAAAACAGGUGUGCAGUCACCUGCUAUCUGGACUCCCUCCUCUUUGCCAUGUUCGCCAGGCUAGAUUCAUUCGAGGCCAUGCUGUUCGACUCCUUUGCCGAUACCCCCCGAAGACGACUAGCAACCAUCUUGCGACUCUGGGUGAAUCUCCUGCGCGCUGGAAAAUUGAUUACCGUUGACAUUACGAAGCAUCUCCAGGAAGCCCUGGCUCAGUGCGGCUGGGAAGAUGCUGCACAACUCAACCAGCAGGAUGCAUCAGAAGCAUUUACGUUCAUCACUGGUCAACUUGAACUGCCUUUGCUCACACUGAAGAUGGACAUCUACCACACUGGAAAAGAGGACAUUGCCGAUGAUCACAGAUUCGUUAACGAAAGGCUACUGGAAGUUGCCAUACCGGAGGACAACCCGCACAGCGACGAGCCGAUCAAGCUUGAGGAAUGUCUGGAAAUCUACUUCAACAACCGUAUCGAAGUCAGGCGCCAUUUAGAAAGGAGAAGCACCCUUCAGUCGGUUCAAGAGAAUGAAGAGGCUAAGUCGAGCUUCCCGGAAAAAUCCAACGCGGUGCAUGUUGAGUCAGUAGAAGUGACAUCCGGAUCGGAGUCGCCAGCCGCACCGACCUACAGUAGUGCCUCCAACAGCAUUUUCAGCGAACGACACUACGAGGUUGGAGAAUCAUCUGAGAAGCCUCCGGCUGGGCCUGGACGUACCCGCUCAAGUUCAUUUGCAAAGAAAGAGAUUACCAUGCCUGCGUGGCAAUUCUUCAGCUUGAUACCCUGGUACACCGACAAUGCGCCUGCCAACGAUGCUCAAGUUGCUGCACACUUUGCAGCGAAGCGACCAAUUUUGGGCAUUUGCUUGAAGAGAUACUCAAUGCUGCCUAAUGGCCUGCCGAUGCGGCGAGGCACAUAUAUUGACAUUCCUUUAGAGAUCGCGCUACCCCAUUUCAUAUCGGAUGACCGGAUGCAGGAAGAAGGCCCUCUCUUUGGGAACUUUCAGCUUGUCCUGCAAUCUGUGGUGUGCCACCGCGGCGCAUCCGUGGAUUCUGGCCAUUACAUUUCCCUUGUUCGCGGUCAGACUCCAAGCCCAACCGGCUCGAGGGAUGGGCCGGAAAACUAUCGGCCUGAUAACGAUGACGAGCACACGCCCUGGAUGCGGUUUGAUGACCUGGCAAAGCAACGCGUAACCUAUGUCGACAUUCACCAAGCUUUGAAGGAAGAGACGCCAUACCUUCUCUUUUACCAAGUUUGUCCCAUCGAUGAGGAACUGGCACGAGGAGAUCCUCCCACAUACGAAGAGGCAAACUCGGAAGCCACGGGUGCAGACGACACAAUCCUAGCCGAGAAAGGAGAGCUUGCGAUUGACACGUCAGACUGGGAGCCCAGCCGCCCGAGCCUCGACUACACAGAAAACCAUGUCUUGUCGACCGGUCAGGACGUGCCCGGCUCCAACGACUCUGCACGGGGCCGCUCGAGCUUCAACAGUACCCGGCGCAACAGCAUCGCCUUCGACGAGAACAGCCUCGCGUCGCGCAACGCGACGGCGCCGUCAACGCCGGCCGAUGAGACGCGCACGAGCUUCCUGUCGUCACGGCGCGGCUCCAAGGCCGCCAAGAAGAGCGGCAGCAAGAGCCGGCCAACCAGCCAGAGCGGCGAGGGCCGCCUCAGCAUCACCAUGUCGCGCCUCACGGGCCGCAAGAGCAGGGACAAGCUCGGCGAGACGGGCAGCACCAGCACGCUCCCGCUCGCCAGCAGCGACACCAAGGAAAAGGAAAACAACAGCGGCGCCGACGACAGCAACGACGUCGAGAGCGACCCGUCCAACCCGCUGGUCCUCGUCGAGGCGCCCACGAACAACGGCGGAGGAACUCCGAUCAAGAGCUCGACGACGAUGGGCUUCGGCCGCGGGAAGAAGGAGAAGAAGGUGCGCAGAAGCAGCAGCGUUCCGCUGGCGGCGGAAGAGAGCUCCACGAUGAAGGACGGAGGCAAGGGGAAGGCGAAGAAGAAACCGCCGGACCGGGAGUGUGCCGUCAUGUGA